CGGUUUUAUUGAUCGUGGUCACUCUGCAUGACAAGUGCAGCAGAUGUAAACGCAUAAACAUUUGCGCUCUUUACUAGUGAAAACAAAAUAAAUAAAUUAAAGACGUGUAACACAAAAGACAGUGCACCAAAAUGGCUUCGUUCUUCAAUGUUGGCGCUCUGGGCAAUGUUUUCUCAACACCUAUCGGACAGCGUAUCGAAGCUGCCACUGACGCGAGCUUAGCUUCUGAGAAUUGGGCAGCGAACAUGGAAAUCUGCGACAUGAUCAACGAAUCCUCCGACACGGCACGUGACGCCAUGCGUGCUAUUCGCAAACGCCUCUCACAGAAUGCUGGCAAAAAUAAUCAGGUGAUCAUGUAUACGCUCACUGUGCUGGAGACGUGUGUAAAGAACUGUGGCAAGGCGUUCCAUGUUCUGGUUGCCCAAAAGGACUUCAUCAAUGAGCUGGUCAAACUGAUUGGACCCAAAAAUGAUCCGCCAGCCAUAAUGCAGGAGAAGGUUCUCAGUCUGAUACAGAUCUGGGCAGAUGCAUUCAAAAAUCAGCCCGAUCUUAAUGGUGUUACCCAAAUGUACAUGGAACUGAAAAACAAGGGCAUCGAAUUUCCGCCCACCGAUCUGGAUGCUAUGGCGCCCAUAUAUACGCCACAAAGAAGCGUUCCAGAAGUGCAUCCCUUGCCGCAUCCACAGCUAAUGAGCGCCCAACAUACCAUUUCGCCUCAGCAUGCGGCAGCUGCUGCGCCAGCCACUGGACCCCUGCAUUUAACGCCCGAACAGGGCGCAAAACUGCGCUCGGAACUGGAAAUUGUUAGCAACAAUAUGAGCAUAUUGGCUGAAAUGCUGAGCGUGCUGAAGCCGGGCCAGGAGCUGCCCGAUGACUAUGCCCUGCUAAAUGAGUUGACUGCCACCUGCAAAGAGAUGCAGUCACGCAUCGUCGAUCUUAUUGGACGCGUACAGGACGAUGAGUUGACAGCGGAAUUUCUGCGCAUAAACGAUGAGCUAAACAAUUUGUUCUUGCGUCACCAGCGCUACGAGAAGAGUCGCGCGCAGAGUACUGCGGGAGCGGCAGCUGUAACGUCUCCAUCUGCUGUGCUAGGCGCUGCGAUGGGUGUGCCGGUAGCAGGUGUGGCAGCAGCGACAGCUGGAGCAGCUGCAACUGCUGUACCAGCCACAGCCGGAGCUGUCAGCAAUACGCCACAAAGUGAUCAGCUGCUAAUCGACUUGAUUGAGAGCAGUGAGGAUAAUUUGCCUCAAGCCUUUGGACAGAUGCAAUUGGGCGCAGGUGGCGGAGCAGCAGCUGCGCCAGUUGUUGGCGCAACAGGCGCUGCGGAUGAGUUUGACAUGCUGGCGCAGUCACGCACCGAUGGCAACCACAAAAGUGAUUUGCUGCGCGAUAUACCUAUUGUGGAUGCAGCAGCUGGCAGCGUUUCCUCGCCGUACAAGCAACCAAAUCCAGCACUAGCAGGAGCCGCAGCAGCAGCUGUAAUACCGCCACAGCAACAGCAAACACAACGCUCAGCCGGCGAUCCGCCGGUGGUAAGUAAAUCGACGAAAGAGAACGAGAUCGACGAAAUGGAGGCGUGGCUGGGCAGCUCAAAAGACAUUGAUGGCAUUGAGGAGUUGACAAGCUCCGAGUUUGACAAAUUCCUUGAAGAACGUGCCGCUGCCGCCGAAAAUCUUCCAACGAUCAAUGCAUCGAAUUCUGCGACAGGAUCUGCUACCGAAAACAGCUUACGACAGACACCAAAGAAACCAGGCGCUGAUGAGGAUCUGCUCGCUCUUUGAGUACGUUCGCGGCAACAGCUCCAAUUUGUUUACUCUUUCCGAAAUGUUACACACGCCUAACAUAAUUAUACAUACAAUAUAUAUAAAUAUAUAUAUUUAUAAAUAGCGCAUACAUAUAACAAUUUA